AUGAGCAACUCUGUGAAAGCUUUUUACUUAACGGCAUCCUCCUGGGAGACCGCGCUGGAAUGUGCUGCAGUUCUGAAAAAGGCACAGAUCUGGCUCAACUGUAAAUACCAGAGCUGCAGGAAAACCAGCGGCGAGCCCCAGCCCCGCCCCGCCACCUGCGGGGACCCGGCCGGCCCACCCCGCCCCGCUGCGGCGGCUGGACUGGCCCUGCGCGCCCGCCGCACGGUGGUGUGUGGGGCGAUUCUGGGUGGGGAUGCUCCGACCAGCGAACCACGGCGCACAGCCCUAGCUUGGACUUUGACCCAAGCCCUUUUGCCCAGUUCGUUUUUUCCGGGAUCCUCGCCACUCCGACUCCCAGCUUCCCUCCAGCCCCCGGGUCCCCUGCGGCCACCUGCGCGCCUUCGGGAUCGAAGCGCUUUGGGGAGGAGGCUCCAAGGUCUCGUCCGCCCGCCGCCCCGGGAAGGCGGGACUACAACUCCCGGCACGCCCCGCGCCGGCUCCCCUCCCUCCCCUCCCCUCCCCUCCCCUCCCCGCGGCGGGCGGCGGCGGCGCUGGGCUUUUACCCGCGGCCGCGGCGGGAGGGACCCACAGCCCGCGGUCUCCCCGACGGCGGCGCCGCGCCCGCAGCUCCCAGCCGGGUCCCCUCUGCGUCCGCGCCAGCCCGCAGCCCGGGGGCCAAGGGCCGCUUCCCUGCGCCGCGCGAGGAUGGUCAUCCGCGUGUUCAUCGCCUCUUCCUCGGGCUUCGUGGCGAUAAAGAAGAAGCAGCAGGAUGUGGUUAGAUUUCUGGAGGCCAACAAGAUAGAGUUUGAGGAGGUGGAUAUCACAAUGUCAGAAGAACAGAGGCAAUGGAUGUACAAAAACAUCCCUCCAGAAAAGAAGCCCGCGCAGGGCAACCCUCUGCCGCCUCAGAUAUUUAACGGGGACCGGUACUGUGGCGAUUAUGACAGUUUUUUUGAAUCAAAGGAAAGCAACACAGUCUUUUCAUUCCUUGGCCUGAAACCACGGUUGGCAUCAAAGGAGGCAGAGCCUUAGAAAAGCGGACGAGGAUGGAGAUGCAUCUUGGAGCGCCUCCUGGUACUCAGCACACACCUGCUUACCUAAGGCAUCACUGUGACAAAAGCCACAUACAUUAUCAGUAACUUUGCUUGCCACGGAAAAGAUGUGUUUGGAAGAUGUGGGUAUAAUGGGAAUUGCAUGAUUGCUUUAAACCAAAUCAGGUGGUGGAUUUUUCUUAUUUGUUUUCCAAUUUGCCUGCAGUUGCCUCACUCACCUGGAAAUACUCUUACCUGCUACAGGUAAUGACUGAGCGAUAAGUGGGUAGCGCCAGCAGAAAGGAAAUGUUGGAUCUGCCCUAGAUUGUAGUAGAUGCCAGACUUGUAUAAAACCCGCUUCUCUUUAAGCUGCCUGGAUUGCAUCCUUGAAAUUAAUAUGCCAGGUUAUUAGAGUCUUUGAAUCAGAAAGAGGAAAAGCAAUGCUGGUUGACAAAGGGCAUUGAAGAUUUUUGUGGCAGAGUCACAAACUUCACUGUUCCAGAGCUUUGUAGUAACACCUAUCAAAAGAGUUAGAUGUUCUAGACUCAUUUUUGUAGUGCAAACUCUUACCCCCAUAAGUUCUCCAAGCUCCUACAGAUGUCUCCGAAAAUCCCUGCUACAAUGCCAAGUGAUCAGAACUAAGUUACAGGGAUGAAAAUAAUCGGCAUUUUGGGGAAAUACAUGCUUCUUUGUUUCUUGCAAGCGGAAACCUCACCUAAAUGCAUAAGAUUCCGUGAAAGAUAUAUUUUAAGAGGUGCACAAAUUAGAUAGUAAAUUCAGAGGAAAAGAGUCUGCCUAGUAUCGGAAGGCAUAUUCAGCUGUAGCAGUUUAUUUACACAUAAGUGCACAUAUAUGUUUAAAUGCAGCUCCCCUAACAGCUGGUUGUUCUAUUUUGUGGAGGAAUUAUAUUUUUUGAAGAAGGAAGAUCUUAAUUAGGUAUAUUUUAUGAACCCUUUACAAGGCAUAUUAAAAGAUACCACUCUUGCUGUAUAAUUUAAUUUUUCCCUUACAUUACUUUUCCUUCUUCCUGUAACUUUACUUGCUCAUAUUUCUGGCCAGUGCACAUUCUCGGAUUUUCAGAAUAGUGCAGAUUCUCGUCCACACACGGGUACAAGUGUGUCUCCAGAGCAACACAGAGGAGAGAGAGGCUGUCUGGAGAGUCACAUGGAAUUGUACUUGAUCCCGGCACUCUGGGAGGCUGAGGCAGGUGGAUUGCUUGAGCUCAGGACUUCUAGACCAGCCUGAGCCAGAGCAAAACCCCGCCUCGAAAACCAGCUGGGCAUUAUGGCAGGCACCUGUAGUUCCAGCUACUUGGGAGGCUGAGGCAAGAGGAAUACUUGAACCCAAGAGUUUGAGGUUGCUGUGAGUUAUGAUGCAAUGGCACUCUACCCAGGGCACAGAGUGAGACUCUGUCUCAAAAAAAAGAAUUGUAGUUGGCAAGUAAAAUCUCUUCUCCCAUUGGGGUGGAUGCUGGUAGGCGGGAAGUUGUCUGCUGCUUCAGUGGGCGGAGGCUGCUUCUCAGCAUCCUUGUCCCUGUAACAGGGGCUCUCAGGGUUUUAGCUGUCAACCACGGGAACAGCUUUGAACAGGAUAAAAUCUUAGAGUACUGCGUACAGCAUCCUGAUUCUGGGCCUUCGUUAUGACUCAGAGCAGGAAACUUGUAAGAAAUGGAAAGAGCAGCAGAAUUAAAGCUCACAUCCAUGCCACCCCCCACCCACCUGGCCCCAUGCCUUGCUAAAUGUGGUCCAUGAAAAACCUGUCAGAUGCUGAUGCUGGAGGCCCAGCCUGAGAUGUACAGUCCAGGGCUGUAGCCAGAAGCAAAGCAGGACAGAUUCCUACUUGCCUGGAGCAGACGCCUGAUCCACAAUCAUCUCUCCCAGGAUAGCUGUUGUCAAAUAUGGAUGUUACGGGCUAGUUGGCGUUAAGUAAUAUCCAAGCCAAAUUCCAUGUCAUAAAUCCCAGGGACUAUUCAGGAAUUCUUUUUUUUUUUUAUUGAACUGGAUAUUGUGUUUGAGUAUGUGAGUCAUCUGAUGAGACUUAGACUUUCUUUUUAAGAUACCACAGUUUUGAAAAUGGUCGUGUUGUAGUUACCCAGCUUCAUUUGCUCUCCGCUUGCCAGUGAGUUCCAAGAACCGCAGUCAGGAAGGUUGGGGCGUCGCAAGUUGAAUCCUGGGGUCACAGGAUCAGUACCAUAUUUGUUGGACAAAGAAAGCUGUCCGUAUUUGUCUUAAAACUUUUGCAUUAGUCCUAGUAUACCUAGUGUGAUUAUAUUAAACAGACGGCAUGGACAGUAGUGACGAAUUCUGCUGCAGUUACACACCAUCUCCCCACCUGGCUUUGGAUUUUUUUUUUUUUUUUAUCAGCAGAGAGAUAUGAUAGAGCAGCCUGGGUAGUGCUGUGCCAGGAGGGAGCCCGCAGCCCCGUGGUGGCACUUGUAUAGCACCAGGCUCUGCAGGUGUCCAGAAUCGCCCUUGGGGGCCACGUUGGACUCAGAGUAUGUCAUGCCCUUGCACGUUUUUACCAGCUGAGUCCCAAACACAUAAUAAUGAUUUUCUUGUUCCUUUUAUAACUAGCUGCCUUUAGAUUUUGGUAAUCACAGUCUUAAAAACCCAGGAGAGAAGUAGAUGGGAAUUGUGGGAACACAUUUAGUAUCAAGGGCAUUCAAGACAGAGUUUUUAUUUCCUGUCAGAGGCUCGUGGGGACAAAGGGAACGUGCUGCUAAAAACCAAAUGAUGCCAUUGUACAGUCAGAGGUAAAACAGAGUGCCACCUGCUAGACCAGGGGUAACGUCCGUGGGGAAAAUAUUUGUUUUUCCGAAAUCUAGUGUUUUAUUAAAAACAAAGAAGAGAAAAGAUCUUUUCCCUUUCAGACUCUAAUAUAUUUUAGAUUUAUUUCUCUUUUAUAGAUUUAAUUCAGCAUCCUCCCAGAGAUAGUUUUUAUAUUAUAUGAAUUUAAUAAUGAACUAAACUUAUUUUUGUCUUCUGUUACUGAAAGGUACCAAAGCCUCUUUCUAUUUUUUGUUUUUUUAUUUUCAUUUUUUUUUUUUGGUCUUGUUUGAUUUUAUUAUGAGGUUUUGUUCUUUUCUGGAAAUAGUUUUCAUUUAACAGUUUUUCUUAAGUGUCAGGUUCCACGUUGAUCUGCAUAAUUAUUAUUUUUAGGUUUCAAUUUGUAUGUGUUUGUCUCUAAGGAGUUGGUGAAAUCUUAGAUUUUAUAUUCAGCAUUAAAGGGGAAUAAAUUUCAGAAUACAUACAUCCUGAGACUGGAGUGUUUGUUCCCUAGGUACUCCUCACACUUCCUAAAAUUUUAGUUCUGUGUUAGGCUGAAUCUUCUGUGUUGGGCAGGGAGGCUGUGUUUCUGCUCCCACCCGUGAACCCCAUACAUGAAAGCUGCUCGUUCAGUUGUCAAAGUACAAACAGAUAGUGAAGCCACUCUCGGAGCCAGGCCGGGUCCAGCAUAGCGAUGUUGAGAGGAGACCAAAGAAUCACGUGAGACAGUGAUCAGGGCUGAACGGAGUUAAACCACUUAGCCUGUGGGCAGGUUCAGAUGGAUAACUUUGUAGCAUCCUGAGUACUAACAAGGGCAAAGUGGCCACGACCCUAUUACCAGGGCCCACUUUGGGGUGGCCCCCUCUGAAAGCAGAAGAAAGCAACACUUCUGAAGUCAGUGUGGGAGGCUGAUCUCAUCACUGAGCCAUUUCAAACAUUUAAACACCAGGACAGAAGGGGGGUAGAGGAAGGGAUCAAAGGGAACAGGCUGUAAGUUUGCAGAAAUGUUCAAAACUGAAACCAAAUAAGCAGAAUGGUCACUGCCCACUUAUGACCCACAUUUUCAGAGUUUUCCUAGUUCUUCUGGACAUGCAGGUCAAGUUAGUAUGUUCGUCCUUUCCGUCAGCACGGGCCGAGCCCCUGGAAUGUGGUGGGUGCUGUCUGAGCAGGACUGUGAUCUCCACCUUCAAGGGUGAGGGGGACAGAAGCCACAGUUAGGGCCAGUGGUAAAUGACGGGGUGAGGUGAGUGGAUGGCGCUCCAGGCUGUGGUUCAUCAUCUGUGGUCAUCUUUUUGUUUGUUAUGUCCAGCCCUAUUUUUAAGAACGUCCUAUGCAAUGGAAUAUAUAUAGAGAGAGAAAGAUGCAUACCCACAUGUAAUAUAAAUGUUAAAGUAUAAAGGGUAAUAAUCAUCAUAAUACAGCCCCUGUGUGCCUACCCCCCACCUUCCUGCCGUGCGCUUCUCCCUGGGCCCCUCUUUCCCCCUGUCUGAUGGAGGAGGCCCGUGCCGAAUCUUCCCGUCCUUGGUCGUCUGACCUUCAUGUAUGUGUAAUAAAUGGAAUUAAACUG